CAUCCCGACCCGGAGCGGACGGGUGAGGAGGGGAGGACUUGCCUCUCCGAGGCCGCCGCGAGGAGCGUGCCCAAGGGCGAAGGUCCGGAGACCUCAGCUCCCAGGCACCGACGACGACCGCCAUGCCUGCCCGUUGCGUGGCCGCCCACUGCGGCAACACCACCAAGACUGGGAAGUCGCUGUUCCGCUUCCCCAAGGACCGGGCCGCGCGGCUGCUCUGGGACCGCUUCGUGCGGGGCUGCCGCGCCGACUGGUACGAGGGCCAUGACCGCUCGGUCAUCUGCUCUGACCACUUUGCCCCAGCCUGUUUCGACGUCUCUUCGGUUAUCCAGAAGAACCUGCACUUCUCCCAGCGCCUGAGGCUGGUGGCAGGCGCCGUGCCCACCCUGCACCGGGUGGCCGCCCCAGCACCUAAGUGGAAAGAGGAGGGAGCCCCAGGAGGCCGCCCCGACACGGGAGGAGAGCUCCAGGCAGCCAGGCAUUCUGCGGGGGGCUGGGAAGCGCGCUGCGGCUUCACAGGUAAAGAGAGACCACCAAGGGUUAUGGAAGGACCCCUGGACUCUGACUGGGCUCCUCCACUUAGCGUCACCUUGGGAAAGGCACCUCGUCUCGAAAGCAUCUCGGAAACAACAUUUCUGUUUUCUAAUCUGCCAAAAGGGCACCCCGACCGCUGUGUUUUGUACAGAGAACCGCUGCUCCAGGGCGCCGACAAAGCAGCCGCGUGGGGCAAAGCAGCGGCCCCGGCCGGCACAGCCGCGCUGGCGGAAACAGCCACGCUGAUUACAUGUGAAAAUGAAGUCAUGCAAACCCAAGCCCAUGCUGAUAAUCCAUCUAAUAAUGUCACUUCAGUGCCUACUCACUGUGAAGAAGGCCCAGUGCAUAAGAGUACACAAAUUUCUUUGAAAAGUCCCCCUCACCGUAAUGUGGGUAUUCAAGCCAAAGUGAAAGUGUUUGGAAAAAGGCUGUGUGUUGCAACUACUCAGACAGAUGAAUUGUGGUCUAGAACUUCUUCUCUCUUUGACAUUUACUCCAGUGAUUCAGAAAGAUACAGACUGGGAUAUCAAGAGCGAACAGAGUGAUCUGUCUUAUAUAGCUAUACAGGUGAAA